AUGGUUCAAACUUCAACAAUAGUCGCUACUACGGUUGGUUCAGUAGCUGCCGACCCGAAUUUCAGAAAGCAAUUGAAGAAAGAGUCCAAAAAACUAGCUCGGGCCGCGAAGGAAGAGGCAGCGGCUCAUACAGUCAGGCAAAGAGCUGUUAUCAGGACAGCGGUUGAAGAGGCAAAGGACGAAGGCUUUCCUACAGACGUUGAGGAGAGAGAGGCAUAUUUCAUGCAAGAGGUUGCAAGUGGCGAGGGUUUGAGUGGAGACGGGAGCAACAACAUUGAGGCUGCUCUAUGCUUCUACAAGGCCCUGAAGGUAUACCCGCAACCAAAAGACUUGAUCUCCAUUUACGACAAGACGGUUCCCCGAGCCGUGCUGGAUAUCCUGGCCGAGAUGAUCGCAGCUGAUGCCGAGUUGGACGUGGGGCCAUUCAGUGCAACACCAGCAGGAAGUGAUAGUGGCUCUAGUGGAAUACCUGGCGUUGGACUGGAUUGA